AUGCCCGAAGGCAAGUUGAGACGAGGGAUUGAAAGGGAAAACCCUCGACAAUGGAUGCUCGGGGAUUUGUCUGUCGUUCGGUUUUGGAGCUCGCUUGCACAGCUUUCUUGCACUGCUGAUAAACAAAUGUUGAAUGAACACACAGAGAUGAGACACUGCAAUGCGACAGUUGUUUCCCUGCUACAGUGGUUUCCUGCAUGGAUGGUUAAUACAGAGUUCCAAAUCUGA